AUGCCUUUCAGUGCUCAAAGAAUUAUUCUUAGUGUCUUUCAGAGCCCAUUAAAAAUGGGUCAAGGGCAUGCAGGCAGGAUCUUGAUGCUACAGAAUGCUUUUCUUCGGACUAUACAUCUUCAGGCUGGUGAGAGAGCAGAACUUACAAAAGCUUUUACCCAGAGUGAUGUAUUCACCUUUUCAGAGUUAACAGGUGAUAUUAACCCACUACAUCUCAGUGAAGAUUUUGCCAAAGCCAGCAAGUUUGGAAAGCCAAUUGUGCACGCUGUACUGGUUUGUGGAUUAUUGUCUGCUGUCCUGGGAACCAAAAUGCCUGGAUGUGCUCUUCUGUCCCAAGAACUUCGUUUUGUAGCACCUUUGUAUAUAGGUGAGCAGGUGUCAGCAAUUGCAGAUGUUAUUAAAGUAAGAAGGUCCAUAGCUUGGAUUGCUGUUUCAUGUAUUGUCAAAGAAAGUGAGAAAGUGAUAAUGAAAGGGGAAGUGAAGAUCAUGCUACCAGAAAGUAGAGAUCAGAAUGUAUAACUCUUAUCAUUGAAACUGGAAAAUAACUUGGAAAAUGUUUUCAUCAGAUGCUGAUAUUCUUAAACGUAUGUUAUGUGGAAACUACUAAAAAUUGUCAAAAUAAUUUGAAAAUGAAUGCUAUGUUUUCAAACAACGUUGUUUGGCUUAUAUGUUUGUAAUAACAGAUGCCAGUGACUAUAAAGACUGCCUUGUUACUAUGACUGCAGAAUUUUAUUUGAUGACAAAAAAUAAACUUUUAUUUCAAA